AAUAAACAACGAAAAGUCUUUGGGUGCAGAGCUAAUUGCGACUUUGAAUAGGGAAACGAAUUAAAGAAUAAUUGCACCACAGUACAUUGUGAUUGUCGCUUAUAAAACCAAUUAUAACAGUAAAGUGAUUUGUUGCGCGUUUAGCGGCGUAGUUCCAGUGAUUAUAUAAAAUGCGGACAGCAUUGAUUCUCUCUCUCCUGGCCCUGGUGGCAGUUGCGCAGGCCGUAUCCCCUGCCGAGGUCAUAAAGGAGGAAUGGCACACCUUCAAGCUGGAGCACCGCAAGAACUACCAAGACGAGACGGAGGAACGCUUCCGCCAGAAGAUCUUCAAUGAGAACAAGCACAAGAUCGCCAAGCACAACCAGCGAUAUGCCACCGGUGAGGUGAGCUUCAAGAUGGCAGUCAACAAGUACGCCGAUAUGCUGCACCACGAGUUCCACACCACGAUGAACGGCUUCAACUACACCCUGCACAAGCAGCUGCGCGCUGCCGAUGAUAGCUUCAAGGGUGUGACCUUCAUCUCGCCGGAGCAUGUGACGCUGCCCAAGUCAGUGGACUGGCGCACCAAGGGCGCUGUCACCGAUGUCAAGGAUCAGGGCCACUGCGGCAGCUGCUGGGCCUUCUCCAGCACUGGCGCCUUGGAGGGACAGCAUUACCGCAAGUCGGGCGUGUUGGUGUCUCUGUCCGAGCAGAAUCUGGUGGACUGCUCGACGAAGUAUGGCAACAAUGGCUGCAAUGGUGGACUCAUGGACAAUGCCUUCCGCUACAUCAAGGACAAUGGCGGCAUCGAUACCGAGAAGUCCUAUCCGUAUGAGGCCAUCGAUGACUCUUGCCACUUCAACAAGGGCACGAUCGGAGCCACAGAUCGCGGAUUCACUGACAUUCCCCAGGGCAAUGAGAAGAAGAUGGCGGAGGCAGUGGCCACCAUUGGGCCCGUCGCCGUUGCCAUCGAUGCCUCUCACGAGUCGUUCCAGUUCUACUCCGAGGGAGUCUACAAUGAACCUCAGUGCGACGCCCAGAACUUGGAUCAUGGUGUGCUUGUUGUUGGCUUCGGCACCGACGAGUCCGGCGAGGACUACUGGCUGGUGAAGAACUCCUGGGGCACCACCUGGGGCGACAAGGGCUUCAUCAAGAUGCUGCGCAACAAGGAUAACCAGUGCGGCAUUGCCUCUGCUUCCAGCUACCCCCUGGUCUAGUCUGGCACUUUUGUACUACCCCCACAGCCUCUAUAUGAUAAAC